AUGGUAUUCAGCUCACCAAUAGGAGCCUGGGCGGUGGGCGGGACCAUUCCCCGGCUGGCCAAUGACAGCGGGAAUGGCCGGGGUCUGCGAGGCGCGGGAGGCUGGCGCGCGGCGGACUAGGUGCUGGUGGAGUUUUUGCGCAUGGACAUGGUGGCGGCGGAGCUGUGGACUCCGGGCCCCGACCCUGGGCCAGGGGCCCGACUGCCCCUCAAGUUUCUGUGCAAAGAGCUGUGGGUGGCUGUGUUUCAAAAGCAGAUGGACGGCCUCCAGGGGACCUACGUCCUGCAGGACAUGUUCCCCCUCCUUGUCCCCACAGCCUCAGGUCCCCAAUACUUGGGAGAAGCACCUUAAGGUUUCUUAGCCUUUGCCUGUGGCCCUCUGUGCGGAGCCCCCCGUACCCUGGGGUUCCAGAGUCUGGUCACCGCCUCUGUGGCAGCCCUGCCCUCCUGUAAGUUCCAGGUGCUGAUCCUGAAACCCUGA